AUGGCCGACUACGAAAAAGAGACUGCGCUGGGCGGCGCCAACGUCGCGGCGCAUGCCAAAACGGCCGCCAUGUCCCAGGCCGACGAGACGGGCUUCGAAGACAGCCUCACGACACCGACGUCGACGGACCUGCCCUCGUACGCGGCCAUUCCAGACAUUAGCGCCCAAGAAGAACGCGCAUUUGUGUGGCGACUCGACCUUGGUCUUCUUGUGGUCGGCUUCCUGGGAUACACGUUCAAGUACCUCGACCAGACCAACAUUAGCAACGCUUAUGUGUCCGGCAUGCAGACCGAGCUGAACCUCGUCGGCAACGAAUACAAUUACUUUACGACGUACUUUAACAUCGGCUACAUGGUCAUGCUCUAUCCGUCAUGCAUCAUCGUCUCCCACUUUGGACCGCACCGAUGGCUGCCCGCGUGCGAAGUGAUCUGGGGUGUUUUGACGUGCUGUCUGUCCCUGGCCAACUCGUACAAGACGGUGUACGGCCUCCGCUUCCUCAUCGGCCUGUUUGAGGGCAGUGCCUGGCCAGGCUACAUUACCAUCAUCAGCCAGUGGUACCUGCCAGACGAGAUUGCGCUGCGCAUGAGCAUCUACAACGUCGCCCAGCCGACCGGGGCCAUGCUCUCGGGGGCCUUGCAGGGCGCGCUGUCGACGAACCUUGACGGCGCCCUCGGCCGGUCUGGCUGGCGCUGGGCGUUUAUCAUUAACGGCGUCUGUACGAUUGUUGUCGCGCUGGCAGCCUUUGUCUUCCUCCCUGGUUAUCCCGAGCGCCCCAAUCCGCUGUCUAAAUUUUACAUGAAGCCUCGCCACAUCGAAAUUGCUCUGGCACGCGCGCGCCGCGUCCGCCGACGGGAGCAGAGGGGCAUCACAUUCAAGAGCUUUGUGCGCUGCUUUUCCUUUUGGCAGCUGUGGCUGUUUGCCAUCGCCUGGCCGAUCGGAUCCAACACGACGCCGUCCAACUACUUUAAUCUGUGGUUGAAGUCGCUAAAAAACGCCAAUGGCACGACGAAAUACUCCGUUGCCAUGCUCAACUACUUGCCCAUCAUCGGACAGGCUAUCCAGUUUGUCGCCGAGAUCUUGUUCAACGGUUUUAGUGACUACUUUGGUGUCCGUCUGCCGUUUCUCUUGCUGCACUCUGGCAUCAACAUCAUCUCGCUCAUCAUCCUCAUUGUCCGGCCCGCCAACAACGGUGCCUACAUGGCCGGCUGGUAUCUCAACUUUGUCGGAGGUGUCUCCACCAUGCUGCUCUGCUCCUGGGCCGCCACGCACCUUCAAGACGAGCCCGAGGUGCGCACCGUGCUGUUUGCCAGCGGCACCAUCCUCGCGUACCUGCUGAGCGCCUUUGUGCCGCUGGCCGCCUUUCCGGCCAGCCAGGCGCCCAACUGGCAUAUUGGCUCCAAGCUGUAUCUGGGCUUCGCCGUGCUGUCGGCCGUCAUCUUUGUGGCCAUCCACUUUGCGUUUCGCUACGACAGGUGGGCCGAAAAGAAGAGAACAAGACAGCCCGUGGCCGACGAUGCCGAGCACCAGCAACCGCUGCCGUUGAGCUCGUGA